CGAACAAUGACCGCCGCGCCGACCUUUGCCCUUGCCGUCGCCAAGUCCAAGGCGGACAUUGACGCGUGUGUGCGGGUCCGCAUCGAGGUGUUUAUCGACGAGCAGAAAUACUCGAUGGACGACGAGAUCGACGAGCAUGACAACUCUGGCGACCACGUCUCGUUCCUCGUCUCGGACACCUCGGUCGCCCCGCCCAAGCCCGUCGGCACCGUCCGCCUGAUCCCCGCCAAGGCGAAGCUCACGCGCCUCGCCGUGCUGAAGGACUACAGGAAGUACGGGCUGGGCAAGCAGCUCGUCAACGCGCUGGAGGGCUACGUCGUGUCCCACCCCGACGAGAUGACCGGGCAGGUCAAGGUCGGUGCUGAUGGCAAGAAGCGCGUGCAGAUCAAGAUCCACUCGCAGGUCCCCGUCAAGCCAUUCUACGCCAAGCUGGGCUACACACCCGUAGGCGACGAGUUCGACGAGGAUGGAACUCCCCACCAGAAGAUGGUGCAGGACUUUGUGGUCGACCAGUAAACCUGCGCGACGUCGUGGCGCUCGAGCUGUCAUCUGGGCGAUCGCUCAAUCGCCAUCGCAAUGCCCUGCUGCCGUUCGCAGACUGGCACCCAAGCCAACGUUCGCAACACAUCUUGGAACGGCAGACCCAAUCAUACACACAUCGUACAUUGCCAG